GGUCCAGGAGUCUCCUUCUGGGCAGACACUUAGGGAAGGGAGCCGGUUCCACAGCCGGUUCCUCAGCUGGGCAGGCCGCAGCUGAGAGGAAGGGCUGGGCCGACGCAGACAGAUCCUCCUGGCUGAAGCACAUGGCCGUUCUUCCACGAGGGUGCCGUGCUUAGUCCGUCACGUGGCGGACUUUGCUCUCAAGACCCCCGAGCACGAGCUUUGGCGGCCGCGCCUGCCCUCAGUGAAGGUCGUCUUCACGGUGGGUGAGACCCUGAGGGUCCGAGGGGCUGGUGUCAGGUUCCCCCGCCCGAGCGGCUCCCCUCGGAAUCCCGGGCCGCGCUGCGCCGUGGCUCGACAGAGGGCGCCCCCGGGUGUGGGAAGCCGGGACCCUCGACUAAGUCCCGUGCUCUGACCUGCAGGUGGCCGCCGGGGCCGACGCCAUGGCCGAGCAUGACGACGAGGACUACGACUACUUCUACAACGGCUCCAGCGACGAUGGUGGCCAGGAGGCCGAGCACGAGCACUUCCUGCAGUUCCGCAAGUUCUUCCUGCCCUGCAUGUACUUGGUGGUCUUCGCCUGCGGCCUGCUGGGGAACUCCCUGGUGCUGGUCAUCUACGCCUUCUACCAGCGGCACAAGAGCCUGACGGACCUGCUGCUGAUGAACCUGCCGCUGGCGGACCUGCUGUUCGCCUGCACCCUGCCCUUCUGGGCCUACGCCAUCAUCCACGAGUGGGUCUUUGGGGUCGCCAUGUGCAAGCUCCUGCUGGGUGUCUACACGCUCAACUUCUACACGUCCAUGCUCAUGCUCACCUGUAUCACUGUGGACCGCUUCGUGGCGGUGGUCCAGGCCACCAAGGUCCACGUCCAGCAGGCCCGGCGGACGGUCUGGGGCAAGGUCAUCUGCGCGUCCAUCUGGCUCGUCAGCCUGCUGGUCUCCCUGCCGCAGAUCAUCUACGGCGAGGUCCUCCCUCUGGACAGGGCCGUCUGCGGGUACGGCGACCAGAGCAUCUCCACCGCGGUCCUGGCCGCCCAGAUGACGCUGGGGUUCUUCCUGCCCCUGGUCACCAUGAUCGGCUGCUACUGGGUCAUCGUCAGAACCCUGCUUCGCACCAGGGGCUUCCAGAAGCACAAGUCCCUGAAGGUCGUUCUCCUAGUGCUGGCCGUGUUCCUGCUGACCCAGACGCCCUUCAACCUCGCGAGGCUGGUCCGGAGCACGAGCUGGGAGUACCACGCCAUGACCAGUUUCAACUACGCCAUCACCGUGACGGAGGCCAUCGCCUACCUGCAGGCCUGCCUCAACCCCAUGCUCUAUGCCUUUGUCAGCGUCAAGUUCCGGAAUAACUUCUGCAGAUUUCUCAAAGAUGUCGGCUGCCCGUACCCGGGGGUCUCCGCCCCCUUCAGGUCUUCCGAGGACACUUCCAAGACCUGCUCUGCCUCCCGGCACACGGAGGGUACCAGCAUGGUGUAGGUCUAGGAGAAUCUGGUUGGGAAGUUGCGGGGCAUGGCUGCGUCCUCCCAGAGAAGAAGUGUAACAGCCGGCGUGGAAGACUCCUCUGGGGGCACGAGCCUGUUCCCCUCUUCCACACCUGGGCCCCGGUACAUAGGGGAGUCCUGAAAACGGAGUGCCUUCCUCCAGAACUCGGCUACCAUGUGGACGGCACGGAGCUCUUUUUUUUAAAAAAUAAAUUCUAUUUUUAUUUUUUUCUAUUAUUAUUGUCAUUAUUAUUUUUUUACCAGAGUACGGCUCAGCUCUGGCUUAUGGUGGUGCAGGGGACUGAACCUGGGACUCUGGAGCCUCAGCCAUGAGCGUUUGUUUGCAUAACCACUAUGCUAUCUACCCCGCCCGGCAUGGCACUCUUACGGCAUCACUUUUCCCUUCACUCGGAUGAGGACUGAGGUUUGGAGAAGGGAGCGUGACCAACAGAGCGACCGCUGGCAGGCCAGACUGGGCUCGCGGGUCCACAGUCUUGCGGCUACGGAGAAGAAACAGGACAGCUCCGAGCGGCUCUGCCGACGCCUGGCUC